GCAAAAACAGGACAAAGCGCCCAUGCCCUCCUUGUUACAUCUUACAUGCCGCAGGGCCGGUGAUGUGUGUGUCUUUUUUUUUUACAAAUUUAAUAUUAUAAUUAAUUAAUAUAAAUAAAUAUUUUAUCAAUAAUUAUAAAUAACAAAAAAACAAUCUUAAAUCAUUGAUAAUUAUUUAAUUAAAAAGAGUGAAUUUUGUGUUAAGCCACGAGGUGACGAAAAAAUAUAUAAAAUUAGUUAAAAAAAUUGUUAAAAAAAUUAAAAAACAUCAAGAUAAACUAAUGUGUAUAUAUAUUCUUAAAAAAUAAUCAACUAAAUAGAUAAUUUUUUUAGUAAAAAAAAAGCUAAAUUAAAUAAUUGAAAAAAAAAAAAAAAAAUAUGUGCAAUUGUAUUUGUGAACGAGAAUGCGUGUCUUGAUGAAUAAAACAGUGAUAAAUGUUUUCAUAGUGUUUGUAUGUGCAUAAAGUGAUAGUGGAAAAAAAAAAAUUUUAAAAAAAAAAAAAAAACUGCAAGAGUUAUGUUAGUGUAUGUGUGUUAAAAAAAAAAAAAAAAAAAAAAAAUUUCUUUUUUUUUUUUUUUCGAAAUUAUAAAAGACGUCUACUAUUUUAUUGAGAAAAAAAUAAAUUACGAGAAAAAGAAAAACCGUUAAAGAGUCAACUAUUAGAGAGCUGUCACAUGAUGAUGAUGAUGACAAUGAUGACAAUGAUGAUGACAAUAAUGAUGAUAAUUAAUAAAAAAUGAAUAUAAUUAUUGACUGAUGAUGAUGAGUAAGAAAAUGAAAAAAUUAGAAGACUUAUGCUGUACGCAUUGAUGGGUAUAUGUUUGUCCUGUAGACGACCAUCAAAUUGUCGAUUAAAUAAUAAAAUUUCUGAGCACAUUCCGGCAUCAGUAACACCCCUCCAUGUUUGUCUGGAGGAACAAGGAAGACCAGAAUUACUGGGCUGUGACAACGAAGCUCGAAAAACACAGGUUAAUAGAGAAAAUAUUGAUGAAAUAGUUAUGAACAAGUCAUUUUCGACAAAGGUAGAAUUAACAAAUAGUGAAAUACAAGAUUGGGAAAUACAACAAACAUCAAUGGCACAUACAAUAACAAAUAUUAAAAUGAUUAAUCCAAUAAAAGGCUUUGUUAGUAAACGAAGAAAACGUUUUACCAAAGAUGGUUUUGAUCUUGAUCUUACCUAUAUAAGACCUAAUUUAAUAGCAAUGGGUUUUCCAGCAGAAAAACUUGAAGGUGUUUACAGAAAUCAUAUUGAUGAUGUUGUUAAAUUUUUAGAAGCUAAACAUAAAGAUCAUUAUAAAAUAUAUAAUUUAUGUUCAGAAAGAUCAUAUGAUGGUAAAAAAUUUAAAGAACGUGUUGCAACAUUUGCAUUUGAUGAUCAUAAUCCACCAAAAUUUGAAAUAAUAAAACCAUUUUGUGAUAAUGUACAUGAUUGGUUAUCAAAAGAUGUUAAAAAUGUUGCUGCAAUACAUUGUAAAGCUGGUAAAGGUAGAACAGGUGUUAUGCUUUGUUGUUAUUUACUUCAUAUUAAAGAAUUUACAAUAGCAGAUAGCGCACUUGAUGAUUAUGGAGCUCAAAGAACAACUGAUAAAAAAGGUGUUACAAUACCAUCACAAAGAAGAUAUGUUGAUUAUUAUGCUAAAAUUAUACGAGAAAAUUUAUCAUAUGAACCAGUUGAAUUAUUUUUACGUCAAAUUAUAUUAAAAUCAGUACCUUGUCAAUUGAUAAAUAGUAAUCAAAGUUCUGUUGGUAUUGCUAUUUCAGAUCAAAAUAAAAAAAAAACAUACAAUUCUGAUAAUAUUAAAAUUAAAAAAGGAAAUAAUGAUAAAGAACUUAUAAUAGAAAUGUUACAUCCAACUUCAUUAAUUGGUGAUAUAAAAAUUGAAUUUUUUACCACAAAACAAAGAAUUAAAAGCAAAGAAAAAUUAUUUCAUUUUUGGUUUAAUACAUUUUUUGUACGUGAAGAAUGUAUAAUAAAUGAUAAAAAUGGUGAUGUAUCAGUUGAUCGUUCAUCAAGAGCACUUAGUUAUGAUGGUAGUAGUAUGGAAUUAUCAAUGGUUACAUCAAAUACAAAACCACAUACAGGUUCACUUAAAAGUAUUGAUCCAAAACCAUUACGUAUUUUAAAUAUUGAUAAAUAUGAUCUUGAUGAUGCACACAAAGAUAAACAAAAUAAAUUUUUUCCACAAGAUUUUAAGGUUACACUGUGGAUGGAUAAAGCAUGUAAUAUGUCAACAAGUAAAUUAACAACAACAGAUGUAGGCUGUUCAGAUGUUAGUUUACCUGGACAAGAAACACCAAGUGAAUCUGAAGGUUCUGAAUGUUCAACAACUAGUGAUGAAGAUGGCUGGGAAUCAGGUCUUCAUCUUAGCAACUGGACAAUAACAAAUCACUCAUUGGAUGAUGGACCAAUAAUCUAACAAAUGUAACAUCAUCUUAAUUGAACAUUUGCAUCUUGAUGAUAUAAAAAAACAAAAAAACAAUUUAAAUAUUAUUAAACUUACAGUGUUUUUUUUUAUGACGCGUUAACAGUGAUUGUUAUCUAAAAAAAAUAUAAACAAAUUUAAAAAAUAAACAGUGAAUAAAAUAAUUGUGGUGUUCAAAUUAAAACAACAAAAAAAAAAAAACCAAGUAGAAUAAAAUAUAAUAGUAAUAAUAAAUAAAUUAAAAUUUGACUUUGUGAUUUUGUUAAUGUUAAAUUAAUUUUUCUUUUCUUCAAUUAUGUUAAUGGCUUGUAAGAGUAUUGGCAUGAUUCAAUUGUUACUAUUUUUUUUUCAUUAAAAAAAAAAAUUUGUUAAAACAACGAAUUGUUUAUAAAUAUUAAUAAUAAUAAACAAUGAAUUUGCGAUAAUGAAUUGUAUUAUAAAAAUUAUAUUGUGAUAUUUAAUAUUUGUAUGAAAAAUAAUUCAUUUUUUUUUUUUCUUUUUUUUAAACUUUUUAUUCAUAAUCACAUUAAAUUUUUUUUAUUCGCAUUCACCUUUGGCAUGAACAUGUUUUUUAUUUAUAUUUUCAUAAUUAUGCAUGUGUAAAAUAAUUUUUUUUUUACACGCUAGUGUAUUUUUAUAAUUUUAAAAUGAAAAAAAAAGAUAUUAAAUUAAACAUAAACACGUUAAUCAUUCACCAUCAAAACAAGUAAUUGAAAUAUAAUAAAAAUUAAUUUUUAAAUAAUUAAAAUUGAUAAAUUAUUUAAUGAAUGAGUUUUAAAAUAAAAUUUAUAAUUAAAUAAUGUUUUUUUUUUUAUAAAAACAAACGUUGUAUGUUAUAAUUCAGUGGACAUGGAUCAACGAGUUGGCAGAUAUCGUCUACUUUCUGAUGGAGGAAUGAUUGAUGUUUUGUAAAAUAAUCAUCAAACAUAAUUUCAUUCAUCCCUUCAAGCUUCAAGUAUCACAAUUAAUUAUCAUUCACAAGCAGAAAUAUAAUUAAAAAACAAACAUAUUCGUCCCAUUCUCGGGGUUUUUUUUUUUUUCCAUUUAACUGUUCAUUGAUAAUUUUAAUUUGUUCAAUAAUUAUCAUUUGGCUUUUAACAAUAAUGCAAUUUAAUUUGUUUAUAAAUUUUUGAAAAUAUAAAUAUUUAACUCAAAGUGUUGUAAACAAAAAAAAUAUAUAUAAAAACAAUUUGUAAAUUUAUUUCGAAAUUGAUUAACUAUACUUGAAAUAGUAUUUUUAAAUGAUUAAUUUACAAAAAUUUAUAAAAACAAGCUCACAGAAUUGUCUGACAAUCUUUUAUUAACAAAAAUUGGCUAAAAAAAAUUUACAUUUAUGUGCGCUGAAAACAUAAAACUAUAUUAUUUUUAUCAUAAAAUACAAAUUGAUUUAUAAAAAAAGAAAAAAAUCUGAUGUGAUUGAUCUUUAUAGUUGGUCCUAUUUUUUUUUUAAUCAUCAAGUUUUUAUUUUUCAUAUAAAAAAAAAAAAAAAGAAAAAAAAAAACGAGAAUAAAAGAUGUAAAAUCAAAUAAUGAAAAAAUUAUUAUCAAAGUAAUAAGAUGAAAAAUUAAUAAAUAUAUAACACGAUAAAAAUUUUACGAUAUAAAAUAGUAAGACUAUUUUCAUAAGUGAUAAAUUUUAAGUCAAUAAUUAAAUGAGUAGAUGAAUGCUGAAUGAGUGAAUGUCAAAUUGAUAAAUAAAAAAAAUAAAUUGACGAGUACUUUGAACAAGUGAGUGUAAAAGUUAAAAAUUCAUUUUUAAAUAUCAUCAUACUCAAAAUAAUAAUAAUAAUAAAACAAUAGCAAUUAAUAAUAAUAUAAUAUAAAUUUAAAAAAGAAAUAUAUUGUUAAGUCGGAGCAAAAGAAAAACAGUCCCUCAGAAUUUUUUUUUGUCAGAUUUUGUUAAUUCGUAAAUUGAUUUAUCAUUAAAUUAUUUUUAUUCCUUUUUUUUUUUUGUAAAAAUAAUAAUAAUAUUUAAUGUUAAUCUGAGGUACUGUGAUUUUUGUGCACUACUAAAAAAAUUACAAAAGAAAAAUAAUAUAGUAUAAAAUAGUUUUCGAGUCUUUCAAUUAUUUACAUGUCCGAAAUUUGAAUAAAAUAAUUAAAAAUUUAAUGUGAUUAGAAAAAAUCAUUUUUUAUAAAAAAUAUAUCGAUGUAUUUCGAUGAAUAUAAUAAUAUAAAAAUAUAUUAUAAAGAAUAUAUAAAAUAAAAAAUAAUAAAACAGACUGGUUAUAUUUCUGAAAUAAUGAAUAAUUUUCAUUUGGAAAGUUUUAAUAAUAUUAACGUUUACUCGUAAAAAUAUAAUUCAAAAAGCAAAAAAUAAAAAAAUAAUGAUAAAUGUUUAUAGCGAGUUUGAAUACUAUGGUUAAUGUACAUUUUAAAAAUGUAUCUUUCCUGCAUUUUUGUGAAAAAUGCAAAUGAAAAUUAUGUAAAUGUUUCAAUCAAAAGAUAAAAUAUAUUUAUGAUGAUAUUUAAUAUCAUUAAAAACCAUUGAAUCAUGUAAUUGAUGAAUCUAUUAAUUUUCAAAAUGAAUAAACUUGUAAUUUUUAUUAUUUUAUAUUACUAAUAAUAGUCAGCUUUAUAUAUUUUUUUGUGCAAAAAAAAAACAAUUGAAAAAAUAAAAAAACCCUUAGACAUGAGAAAACAAUUAAAAAUGAAAUAACAAAUUGAAAAAGAAAAUUAAAAAAAAUAUGUUUAGUCGAUAUUCGCACGUGGUGUACCUAGUAAAUUG